AUGAAGAGAAAACAAAAUGGACAAGGAAAAGACCGAAAGAAGAGAUACAAGCCCGGUGCUAAUGGCAUUGUCGAGCCAGGACAGUAUGGCAUAUUUGCGACAUGCGUCCGUGGGAAAGAAAGAGCAUGUUUAAGUGAGCUAACAGAAUUGGUCCUCGACAAGGUUGAUGAGUACUACGGCGAGGACUUCUAUAAGCAACAGAAGGAUGAAGAUGAAAAUAAAGAGGGAGAAACGAAUGAGCAGGAAGGAAAAGAUGAGUCUGCAGUGUCUAUUGAAGAGUCUAUUAGGCAAGAGCUUCAAGAAAUGGGUGAAACUAAGAAGGGCAACACCAUCCUGAUAAAUGGAGUUGAACUUGGAACGGAAUGUUUUGUCUUCGUCAAGAUGAAAAAGCCCCUUAUUCCGUCACAGUUUGCUACCAAACUCGUCCAAGAACUAUUUGAUAACAGGCGAAAGGCAACCAAAUUCACUUUAAGGCUGUCUCCCGUCGAUGGUUCAUGCUCAGGCACUUUACCAGAGUUAACCAAGUUGGCACAACGAUUGUUAAAACCCCAUUUUCAUCAAGACAAAGAGGUUCAGAAACCACUCAAAUUUGCCAUUCAAGUCAAUAGGAGAAACUUCAGCGUGCUAGAGAAGCUGGAUGUCAUCAAAACCGUGGCCAGUUGCGUUGGUAACGAGGGAGGCCACAAGGUUGACCUAAAAGAUUACGAUGUACUGAUAUUGGUUGAGUGUUUCAAAAAUAAUAUCAGCAUGUCAGUGUUGGACGGAAAGAUAUAUGACAAAUGCAAGAGGUUCAAUCUACAGGAGGUUUUGAACGUCAAAUGA